AUGAAGAUUCAGCAUGGACAUCAACAGCAAAAGCUACAGACCUCAGGCACAAAAGUGCUUUUGGCUGCUUUUACUGGCUUAGCAAUCAGAAGGCUUCUUGUGGGGUUGAUGGGGUUGAGCUUCUUGGCGUCAAUGACACUGCUGGUUUUGAGUUCGCCGAUUCUGCUUAUUUUCAGCCCACUUUUGUUUUUUGCUGGGUUUGUGUUUGUCGAAGCCUUGGCUGGGUUUGCUAUGGCUGCUGCCCUGGCUUUUGCAAGGAUGACUACUCUAGGGUGGAUUUUUCAAGAGCUUGCAGGUAUAAGGCUUUUGGGAUUUUUACAGAUUCACAGUGGUGAGAUGAAAAAAUGA